AUGGAAAGUCAACUUGUCAAAUCCAUAGACAAUGGAGAUGAAAGUAAUACUAAAAAGCUUCACAUAGUUAUGUUUCCAUGGCUAGCUUUUGGUCAUAUUAUUCCAUUUCUUGAACUUUCCAAAUUCAUAGCUCGAAAGGGUCAUAAAAUUUCUUUUAUUUCGACUCCAAGAAAUAUUGAUCGUCUCCCAAAAAUUCCUUCUGAAUUUUCUAAUUCCAUAACUUUUGUAAAAAUCCCACUUCCAAAAAUUGAUGGCUUACCAAAAGAUGCUGAGGCCACUAUUGAUAUUAUAACAAGUGAAGAAAUGACUUAUCUCAAGAAAGCAAUGGAUGGUAUGGAAAAAGAUGUGACUAAUUUCUUAGAGAAAAAUUGUCCUGAUUGGAUUAUUCAAGAUUUUGCACAAUAUUGGUUGGCUCCAAUUUCAGCCAAAUUAGGGAUAUCAAGAAUUUUCUAUAGUAUCUUCAAUGCUUGGUUCAUUUCCUUCCAUGGUUCCUUUGAGAAAAUGAUCAACACUAACAAUUGUACUUCACCACCAAAGUUGGAAGAUUUUUUGGUUCCACCAAAAUGGAUCCCAUUUGAGACAAAGGCGGCGUAUCGCCUCCACGAGGCGCGGUGGAUGGUGGGGUCUAGCCAAAAGAAUGUUUCUGGAGUUUCAGACGUGUAUCGUUGUGGUGUCACGAUUAGAGGGUCGGAUGCAAUUAUUGUUCGUCAUUGUCAUGAGUUCGAAGGUCAGUGGUUGAAGUUGCUGGAGGAUCUACAUCAUAUUCCCGUGCUUCCUACGGGGCUAAUGCCACCGUUAGUGGAAAGUAGUAGCGAUGAAAAAAAUGAAUCAUGGAUAUCAAUUAAAGAAUGGUUAGAUGAGAAACCGAAAGGCUCAAUUGUUUAUGUAGCACUAGGAAGUGAAGUGACGGUUGGUCCAAGUGAAAUUAAUGAGUUAGCUCAUGGGCUGGAGUUAUCAGGAUCACCGUUCUUUUGGGUCUUGAGGAAGCCAUCAGGGGUGGAAAAUAUCGACCCAAUUGUGCUACUCGAUGGUUUUGAGGAAAGAACUAAAGGUCAAGGCAUAGUAUGGAAGAGUUGGGCGCCUCAGAUGAAGAUACUGAGUCAUAAAUCAGUUGGCGGAUUCUUGACUCACUGUGGAUGGAGCUCCACUAUAGAAGGGCUUAUGUUUGGUCAUCCGUUGAUUAUGUUACCUUUUUUGGUUGAUCAAGGACUUAACGCUAGAAUCCUAGAGGACAAAGGGGUCGGUGUGGAAGUACCACGAAACGAAGAGAACGGGUCCUACACGAGCAACUCGGUGGCCAACUCGGUGAAGUUAGUAAUGGUGGGAAAUGAUGGAAAGCUAAUUCGAGAGAAAGCAAAAGAAAUGAGAGCCAUAUUUGGUAACAAAGAGCUUCAUGAUAGGUAUAUAGAAAAUCUAAUUAAGUUCUUGGAAAAUCAUAUGAAAGUAAAGAAUUAA